ACCACUUAUAUUUCAGCUGUGUUAGUAGGAUACCCAGAUUGUGCUGUUCUCAAUUUCUUUUUCUUUGAGAACGAGAACGGCGUUUCUAUACUGUUCGAUUAGCUUGCUUCCUUGUGUUGAUCAUGUUGAAAUUGGGUGCCGGACGUUGUGCCCCUCAGAAUUCGCUGAAAAUGAAAUGCCCACUAAGAAUUUUGCUACGAACACGUUAUUACUCUUCAAUGAAAUGACUAAAUGCAUCUACAUGUGCUUCUCGAUUCAUGGGUCAUGUCGGAAUUCCCCGGGAAUGCCCAGGAACAAUUUUGUUCCUUUCGAGAUUCUGUUGCAAGCCUUCAGUGUUGUAGGAAGUGUGCUUGCUUAGAGCAUUAAGAAGGCUCUUGUCAUGGAUAUAAAUCUCCGGUUACCUUCAGGUGACCAGAGCAAAGAAGAUGGUGAGGAGAGAGGUAUCGAUAAUGUGUUGGAGGACGAACAUAAAUUACAUAAUGGUGAUAUGGAAAUCGGCAAAAUGGAGGAUGUUACAGUUGAGGUGCAAGCUGAUGAUAGUGUAGGCAUGGUCCCAACAGCAGAGUUGGUUGAGUACAAAGAGGGUAUGAAUCUUGAACCUCUCAAUGGUAUGGAAUUCGAGUCCCAUAGCGAAGCUUAUUCAUUCUAUCAAGAAUAUGCACGGGCAAUGGGUUUCAACACUGCGAUACAGAACAGUCGUCGUUCAAAAACAACAAGAGAGUUUAUCGAUGCAAAAUUCGCCUGCUCUAGGUAUGGUACCAAAAGAGAAUACGACAAGUCCUUCAACAAACCUCGUGUUAGUCAAAACAAGCAAGAGCCGGAAAACAUGGCUGGUCGAAGGGCAUGUGGAAAAACAGACUGCAAAGCAAGCAUGCAUGUAAAGAGAAGGCCUGAUGGGAAAUGGAUUAUUCAUAGCUUUGUGAGGGAGCAUAAUCAUGAGCUUUUACCUGCGCAAGCUGUGAGUGAACAGACUAGAAAGAUAUAUGCAGCAAUGGCUAGACAGUUUGCUGAAUACAAGACUGUUAUUAGCCUAAAUAACAAUACUAAAAGCUCAUUUGAAAAAGGUCGGAAUUCAGCAGUGGAAACCGGGGAUAUCAAGAUCUUGCUUGAUUUCUUAUCUAGGAUGCAAAGUAUGAACUCCAACUUCUUUUAUGCUGUAGAUCUUGGUGACGAUCAGCAACUGAAGACUGUAUUUUGGGUGGAUGCAAAAAGCAGACAUGAUUACGGCAGUUUUUGUGAUGUUGUCUCUCUUGACACCACUUAUGUAAGAAACAAGUACAGGAUGCCACUUGCCAUUUUUGUUGGAGUAAACCAGCACUAUCAGUUCAUGGUACUCGGGUGUGCUGUAAUAUCGGAUGAGAGUGCGACCACAUUUUCUUGGAUAAUGCAUACUUGGCUCAAAGCAAUGGGUGGACUAGCUCCCAAGGUUAUAAUCACUGAGCAGGACAGUGUUAUGAACUCUGUUGUUCCUGAGGUCUUCCCCAAUACCCGUCAUUGCUUUUUCCUUUGGCACGUAUUGGUAAAGGUAUCUGAGAAUCUUGGUCAGGUAAUCAAGCAACACGAUAAUUUUACACCGAAGUUUGAAAAGUGCAUCUAUAAAUCCUGGAGAGAUGAAGACUUUGCAAGAAGGUGGUGGAAGAUCCUUGAUAGAUUUGGUCUCAAAGAGGAUCAAUGGAUGCAGUCACUAUAUGAAGACUGCAGGAAAUGGGUGCCGGCCUACAUGACUGAUGUUCUUUUGGCAGGGAUGUCUACUUCUCAAAGAACUGAUAGUAUUAACGCCUUCUUCGACAAGUACUUGCAUAAAAAGACAAGCGUACAAGAGUUUGUGAAGUUGUAUGAUGCGAUUCUGCAAGAUAGAUAUGAAGAGGAAGCCAAAGCUGAUUCUGAUGCAUGGAAUAAGCAGCCGACCAUGAAGUCUCCGUCACCAUUUGAGAAAAGCGUUUCUGAAAUCUAUACUCCCGCAGUAUUCAGAAAAUUUCAGGUUGAAGUUUUGGGUGCGAUUGCAUGUAGUCCAAGAGAGGAGAACAGAGAUGGAACAUGCUUCAUUUUCAGAGUUCAGGAUUUCGAAAAGAACCAGGACUUUGUAGUUACUUGGAACCAAACAAAGUCUCAGGUUUCUUGCAUUUGCCGGUUAUUUGAGUACAAAGGUUAUCUCUGUAGACAUGCACUUAAUGUUCUCCAGCGUUGCCAUCUCUCCUCCAUCCCGUCUCGGUAUAUAUUGAAGCGGUGGACAAAAGAUGCAAAAAACCGGGAUUUUACUGGAGAACCCGAACGGUUACAGACAAGGCUGCAACGGUAUAAUGAUUUGUGCCGGAGAGCCCUGAAACUGAGUGAGGAGGCAUCUUUUUCUCAAGAGAGUUACAACAUUGCAUACCGUGCCAUUGAAGAAGCUUUAGAAAACUGUGCCGGUGUUAAUACCGCCGGGAAAAGCCCUCAGGAACUGGUCACUUCCCCAACUCAAGGUCUGAUCUCUGUUGAAGAGGAUAACCAGAGCAGAAGUACAGGCAAGACAAGCAAGAAAAAGAAUCCGACAAAGAAAAGAAAAGUAAACUCGGAGCAGGAGGUCAUGCCAGUUGGAGCACCAGAAAAUAUGCAACAGAUGGAUAAAUUAAGUCCAAGAACAGUCAGCAUCGAGAGUUAUUAUGCCACACAGCCGAGUGUGCAAGGAAUGGUUCAGCUGAACUUAAUGGCGCCAACUCGGGAGAGUUUCUACGGGAAUCAACAAAUUCAAGGAUUGGGGCAGUUAAACUCGAUAGCAUCGAGCCAUGGCAGUUACUACAGUGCUCAGCAAGGGAUUCCCGAGAUGUCAGGAUUGGAUUUCUUCAGACCUUCCGCUUUUUCAUACGACAUUCGGGACGACCCGAAUGUCAGGACGGCUCAGCUUCACAACAACGCCUCUAGACAUCCCCCGUGAAACCAAAAAGCAUUGAAGAUAUCAGUGAAUAAGCCAAAGAGUGAAAGUGUUCGAUUGACGAAGAUUCCGACCAAGUUUUGAGAUUCAGCAGAGGUAUUGGAACUGAAUCUGGCGAAGUUAUUCUGGAUCAGGUCUGAGCGGAAGAGGAAUCCUUUCCUUAUUAGGAUCAUUGGAGACUCCAAGUGGUAAUAAAUAGGACGCUUUUAGUUUGGAAAAAUCACCAGGAACAUGAAAGGAACUGACUUUUGUAAAGAUAUUGUGUGUUUUUUUGGUGUUUGUACUUGGUAGUUGUCCUUGUGUGUUCCUUCACUUGCGGAUCUCAAACUGUUCGAUUUUGGCAUUUUUCUGAUAAUUAAGAUGUUCUACUUGUGUAAUA